UGCGCUGGGCGGUGAUGCGGCUUCGUUGAAUGAUGUUCCAUAGCCGUUAGUCGGCUCGUGCUAAAACUCAGUAUAUUGAGGAAACGUGUGUGGUGAUAUUUGAAAUGCCGUUAGAAAUGUUGGCAUUUGUUUCUGAAACCUCAGACUUCAAUCUUCCCUCUAAUUUUAAUCUAUUCCUUUAAAACAAAAGGCAGACGAUUAUUCGGCGUCGAUGGGAAAUGAGUGUUCGUUUUUUUCUAAUAUCGAGUUUUGUGUUAAUUUAUCAAGAGGGAAGAUGAUUGUGGUCUGAGAGCUUUCCAUAGGAAUUCGAGUCUGCUGCGGGAAGAAGGCGGUUUUCCGAAAGUGAUGUAGGCGCUGUAAUUAAAAUCAAAAUUUUGUGCUGAAAAUGAACUUGGUGACGUCUCGGUCGCAUUGCAAAUGAUCAAGAUUUAAGCACCUCGACUUACUAUGGAUACUUCGAGAUUGAAUUUCACUUCCAUUUAGGAUGCUGAAAGUGGGAAUACGGCUCCUGGCAACAACGGUGGAUUUUACAGUUUAAGAUAAACCUUUGAUUUUUAGUUUUCUUGAAAAUGGAGACUGAUUUUACAACGCUUCUUGAGCAGUUUAUGUCUGAUCCUUUGGUAACUUGGGUGAAGACUUUCGGGGCGUUAGCUCCAGCAAAUGGAGGAGCACUUUUGGAAUACAUGGAGUUGGUUGACGGCAUCUUUCUCAGUAACAUCAUGGUUCAAAUUAAUCCUAAAUCAGAAAAUCAAAGACUGAACAAGAAAAUAAACAGUGAUUUGUCACUCCGAAUUCAAAAUUUAUCCAGUUUGGUGCAUCAUAUUAAAUUGUAUUAUCAGGAGACUUUACAGCAGUUAAUUAUGAUGUCUCUACCAAAUGUCCUUGUCCUGGGCCGAACCCCCUUCACAGAACAAGGUAUUGAAGAGAUGAAAAAACUUCUUCUGCUUCUGCUAGGCUGUGCUGUUCAGUGUGAGCGAAAGGAAGAAUUUAUUGAGAGGAUAAAAAAUCUUGAUUUUGAUACAAAGGCUGCUGUUGCAACUCAUAUUCAAGAGGUGACUCACAAUCAAGAAAAUGUCUUUGAUAUGCAGCAGUGGAUGGAAUUAGCUGAUCUCUCCCGUGAGGACCUUAAUGUCUUUUUCAAAAAAAUGGCAAUUAAUCUGAAAAGGCUUGUGGAUGAAAGAGAUGAGCAAUGUGAGAUCGUGUUACAUCUUGCACAAGAACGUGACUGCAAUCAGUCUCCAGUCCAUGGAAUAGCUCAGUCACCUGCUGGAUCCCCAGGCAUGCAGCGUACUGAGAGCCGACAGCAUUUGUCUGUUGAACUAGCUGACACAAAAGCAAAACUCAGACGGAUCAGGCAAGAAAUGGAGGAGAAAACUGAGCAAUUGUUGGAUUAUAAACAGGAGGUGGAACAGAUGGAAGUUGAACUAAAAAGACUUCAACAAGAGAACCUACAACUUCUGUCAGAUGCUCGUUCCGCUAGGGCAUAUCGUGAUGAGCUUGAUUCAUUACGUGAAAAAGCAAUUAAAGUUGAAAAGCUUGAAAGUGAAGUUAUACGGUACAAAGACCGGCUACAUGACGUAGAAUUUUACAAAGCAAGAACUGAGGAGUUAAAAGAAGAUAACAAAAUCUUGUUAGAGACAAAAAUAAUGUUGGAAGACCAACUUGAGGGAGCCCGAGCACGUUGUGACAAAUUGCAUGAAUUCGAGAAAGAGAAUCUACAGUUAAUGGCUAAAUUACAUGAUAUGGAGACGGUACAUGACACAGAUAGAAAGCGUAUUGAGGAGUUAAUGGAAGAAAACCUCAGUCUUGAAAUGGCUCAGAAACAGAGCAUGGAUGAAUCAUUACACUUGGGUUGGGAACUAGAACAGUUAUCCAAGACCACUGAAGUAUCUGAGGGGGCACACAAAUCCCUGAGCCAGGAAGUGAAUGAAUUGACCUCAAGUCGUUUGCUUAAGAUGGAGAAAGAAAACCAAUCACUGCUCAAAACUGUGGAUGAACUUCGCAGUGUCAUGGAUUCCACAGAUGGCAGUAACUUUAAGAUCCUGGAGCUAGAAAAGGAAAACCAGAGACUGAAAAAAAAGAUGGAGAGACUCCAGGGAGAGAUCAGCAAUGAAAAACAAAGUAUGCAAAAUGUUGAAAUACUCAGCAAUGAUCUUAUAAAAGAGAAGACCCAGCUUGAAAAAGCUAUUGAAACCAUUCGAGAAAAUACAGAGGGACAAAUCAAAGUAUUGGAGCAGGAAAACGAACAUUUGAAUCAGACCAUUGCAUCCCUGAGGCAACGUGCACAAAUCAGUGCAGAAGCUAAAGUGAAAGACAUUGAGAAAGAAAACAAAAUUCUACAUGAAUCUAUUAGGGAAACAAGUGGCAAACUGAACAAAUUGGAGUUGGAGAAGAAACAAAUCCAAAAGGAGUUAGAACACUAUAAAGAGAAAGGAGAAAGGGCAAAGGAACUUGAGACUCUUUUGAGCCGCUUCAAAAGAGAAAAUGAACAGUUGCAAAAGAAGGUUACUACUCUAAUAAUUACAUGUGAAAAAGUCGAAGUCUUGGAACAGGAGAACUCCGAUCUAGAAGUGGAAAACAGAAAGCUGAAAAAGACUUUGGAUAGCUUGAAAAACCUUACAAUGCAGUUAGAUAUAUUAGAGAAAGAAAACAACCAACUUGAUGAAGAAAAUUUACAAUUGAGGAGGACAGUGGAGAGUUUGAAGUCUAAUAGUGUCAAGUUGGCACAAUUAGAACUAGAGAACAAAGAACUGGAAAAUGAAAAAGAACAAUUAAACAAGAGCCUGGAUCUCUUGAAGGCUUGUAACAAAAAAACUGAACGUUUGGAAGUAAGUUAUCAAGGACUUGAUUUAGAGAAUCAUAGGCUCCAGAAGACUCUAGAAAAUAGCAACAAGAAAAUUAAUCAGCUGGAAAAUGAAUUACAGGACUUAGAAACAGAAAACCAGAGCUUGCAAAAAAAUUUAGAAGAACUAAAAAUUUCCAGCAAACGGUUGCUACAAUUAGAGAAAGAACACAAGCUGCUGGAGCAAGAGACUGUCCAACUGGAGAAAGACAAGAAGCUGCUUGAGAAGGAAAAUAGGAGGCUGCGCCAACAGACUGAGAUCAAGGACUCAACACUGGAUGAAAACAACAUGACAAUUUCUAAUCUUGAAAAAGAAAACAAAUUACUUGUGAAAGAAAUCAACAAAUUCAAAGAUCUUCAUGGACGACUGAAAGAUUUAGAAAAAGACAAUAAAGAGCUAGUUAAACAGGCAACUAUUGAUAAGAAGACUCUAGUGACAUUGAGAGAGGAGCUUGUAAAUGAGAAAUUAAAUACUCAGCAAAUGAGUAAUGACUUGGAGAAAUUGACUCAUGAACUGGAAAAAAUUGGGUUGAACAAGGAGCGCCUUCUUCAUGAUGAGCAAAGCACAGAUGAUAGCAGGUAUAAACUUUUGGAGUCCAAGUUAGAAAGCACUCUAAAAAAGUCUCUUGAAAUAAAAGAAGAGAAAAUUGCCAGUCUUGAAGCACGAUUAGAAGAAUCAACAAAUUUGAACCAGCAACUACGGCAGGAAUUAAAGACGGUGAAAAAAAACUACGAAGCUCUCAAGCAGAGACAAGAAGAGGAAAAAAAUGUGCAGUGUUUGCAAGGUAGACCUGGUGAAGAAAACCAGACUACAAGAAAAUGGGAGCGAGAGAACCAAGAAGUAACUCGCGAACUGUUGAAGGUUAAAGAUAGACUAAUUGAGGUCGAAAGGAAUAAUGCGACUCUUCAGGCUGAGAAACAAGCCUUGAAAACUCAGCUGAAACAGCUAGAAGCCCAAAAUAACAACUUGCAAGCUCAAAUCCUUGCACUUCAGCGACAGACAACAUCUUUACAGGAGCACAAUACCACCUUGCAAACACAGAAUGCCAAGCUGCAGGUAGAACAUUCUACCCUUAAUUCUCAAAGUGCAUCCUUGAUGACUCAGAAUUCUCAGCUUCAGAAUCAGCAGUUGUCAUUGGAGAAUGAAAAUGAAUCAUUGAUAAAGGAAAAAGAGGAGUUGAAAUUACAGUAUGAUUCGCUCAUCAAGGAUCACGAGAAACUAGCUAAAUUACAUGAGCAUCAGGCAACAGAAUACGAGUCCCUCAUCAACAAACAUGGAAGUUUGAAAUUUGCUCAUAAAAAUUUAGAAGUUGAUCAUAAAGAACUUGAGGACAGGUAUAAUGAGUUGUUGAAGCAAAAAACCCAGUUGGAGGAGCUGGAGACAAUUUUGAAAAAAGAACAAGAGAAAAUGCACCAUGAGGUAGAGAAACAUGAGACCAUGAUACACAAGUACCAGAAACUUCAAAAUGAAAAUGAAAGGUUGAACCAAAUAUACAACCACUUGUUAAAGGAGAAUGAAGGAUUGCAGUUGGACCACAAGAAUCUUAAAAGCUUGCUGAAUGCUGCAAAACUAGAGCAUACUCGAUUGGAAGCUGAAUUUGCAAACCUGAAGGAACGUUACCAACAGUUGGAUAUCAAUUCCACUAAAUUAAACAACCAAUGUGAGCUACUGAGCCAAUUAAAAGGGAAUCUUGAGGAAGAAAAUCGACAUUUGCUAGACCAAAUCCAGACAUUAAUGCUGCACAACAAGUCAUUGUUAGAACAGAGCAUGGAGAGUAAGGAUCUGUUCCAUGUGGAACAAAGACAGUACAUUGAUAAAUUGAAUGAACUUCGACGACAGAAGGAGAAACUUGAAGAGAAGAUUAUGGAUCAGUAUAAAUUUUACGAACCAUCACCACCUCGAAGACGAGGGAACUGGAUUGCAAUAAAGAUGAAGAAAUUAAUAAAACACAAAAAGGAGGGAAACCGAGAACGCGUCAAAUCUCUCUCGAGCACUCCAACCAGAUCAGAGUCAAGUGAUGGAUUCCUUCAGUUGCCUCAUCAAGAUAGUCAAGACAGCUCUUCUGUGGGUUCUAACUCUCUUGAAGAUGGUCAGACAAUGAAAAAGAGCAGCAUGGCUGCACUGAAAAGGCUGCCCUUUAUGAGGAACAGACCGAAGGACAAAGACAAAAUGAAGGCCCUCUACCGUCGCUCCAUGUCCAUGAAUGAUCUGCUCCAGUCUAUGAUCUCAGCAGGCGCACAAUGGUCAGGCAGUUCUGAAAAUUUGGAGGAACCUAAUGAAGUGACUACUGGACAGAGGAGGACAGAAUUGGGAUCCAUGGCAUUUUCCACAACAGCUAUCAAUCUAGCCACUGCAAAUUCUUCUGGCUUCAGAGCCAAACAAAGACUUAAGCCUAAAGGUGUAGCUUCAAACGAAGAUUUGCUAGCUCAUGGACCUAACUUCGACAAUUGUAGCACUGGAUCAAGAAGUCGAGAAGGGUUACAGAAUAAUUAUUAUGGAUGCACUCCAGCUCCUUCUGCUCUUGACAGCCCUACAGUUUACAGAAUGCCCUGUCAUAUUGGUUCUUCCAGACCAGCCAGCCUUGAUAGUAGCAGGACAUCCAGUAGCAAUAACAAUAAUAAUGCUUCAGCUCACGAUGUAAAAGCAGGUGCAGUUAAUGGCAGCCACAGUAGAUCCCAAAGUCACAGCAGUGGAGAAUAUGGUCCAGUUUAUGAUGAUCAAGUAUUGUUGAGCAGCAGCCUUCAAUAUAAUCAUCAUAUACAAAAUUUGGAAAAAGACAACUCAUCCUUCCAGCAUGAAGAACCUAGAAGUGAUGGAACCCAAGCUCAUUCUCAGCAAAGAAAUAAAGCCACGUCACCUGGAAGUGAAGUAGUUACCUUGCAACAGUUUCUGGAGGAAAGCAAUGUAAACCAAUCCCCAGAGGUACAUUCUGAAAGCCAUGACAAUAUUUUCGAUGAUGUUUUCACAAAAAUCACAGAUUUUCCUGAACUGGUUGGAACCGAGAAAUUGAAUCAAGAAGUUAUCAAUAAUGGUGCUACUGUAAAAUCAUCUGGAGGAAGGGAGAUUGCAGAUUCUAUUACUGGCAAAUUACAAAAGUCUGAACAAUACAUGUGGCCAAUUCUUCGGAAAUCAGACCGCAUCUCUGUUACAAGCACUGCAAUAGAGCCAACCAUGGUAAACCAAGGAAAGACUGUGUCAGUCAGCGAACUGCCAAUUAUGCCACAACAACCAGCUCAAACAGACUGCUGCAGUUCUCCUAUUCUACCCCGUGCAAGUCAUGUGAUCUCUACAGCAGAGGGGUCGAAUCGAAGAACAAGCAUUCAUGAAUUCAUGUCGCGAGAUAAUAGAGCACCAGUAUCAAUAGAUCCUUCUCCAGGCAAGGUGGUAACGAGCGCUCGGACUUUACCCAAUAUGGGAUCUGUGCAGGAACUCAGAAGUGCACAAGGCAAAACUGAGGAGCAACAGAGCUCCUAGAUGUAAAUGUUCAUCAUCUUGUGAUUUGGGGUACGGUGAAAGAAAAGUGUCCUUCAAACUGUCAAUUUGAAACUAUAGUGCAGAAGCACCAAGACUGUCUCCAUAAAGAAAUAUUACUAAAGCAUUAAAUGAUGAGAACUGUUCAGUGACCUCUCUUCAGUAAGCAGAAUGAGACAUUUACUGUUCCUUGAAUCAAGGAGCACAGUUGGACUCCAAUGUUGUUAUGAAAUACUUCCAGAGUAACGAUUUUUGUGUAGUUCCAUAGGUUUUCACCAGAGUUCAUUUAAAUCCUACAAGAAAAUUGAAUACAAUUUAGAUGCUAUGAACAGUUUUAUAAACUGUUCGUUCAUCUAACUGACUUUUAAGAACAAGUCACAUGCUAUGAACAGUUUUAUAAACUGUUUGUUCAUCUAACUGACUUUUAAGAACAAGUCACACCAUAUUUUAGUUUGUUUUAAUUUUUCAUUAAAGCUUUAAAACAAACUCUGUGGUGCUUUUAUUAUUUGCAAGACUGUGCAGACACAAGCAGUAGUGUUGUGGAGCUGCACUGCACCCUACAUAAAAUCACAUGGCUUAUGGUAUUUUGCACUAACUACCUUUGGGUUUUUACAUGCUGCAUGAUGUAUGCCAAUAGCAAUGUGAUGUUAUGUUAAGGUUUAUAAUACCAUAACGCUUAUUUUUGGCAUGUAAUCCAAGACUAAAGUAUAUAAUGUAAAUGCCUCUUCACCGUAGAAUUGCAACAUUGUAUGUCUGUGUCAUUCUUGUUAUGUAUGUGCAGAUUGGAUUUUGUAACAGCCUCUUUAAGUUAACUAUAAGAGCACAAAGUGUGCAAUAUUUUUUGACUGCUGGCAAAGAUUCUGUCAUGUUGAAUUUCUGACAAUAACACCUGACACACUGCAUUGUCAUUUACACUGUUAAUUUUAGGAAGAGUGAAUUUUUCAGUUUCAUAGUUGUUUGAAAUAGAUUAGUUGUUUGUUUUAUAAUCCUAAAGCAUUAGUAAAAUUUUUUUAACUCCAUUUAAUUUUGUACACAUUACUGCCUGGAAAAUAACCAUGUACAAAUUGAAUAUAUACGUACUGACUGAGUAGAAAGCUACAGCAGGAAUACGUUCACAAGAAUAGUUGCAACCAACAUUUGUUGUUGUCAUGUUUAGAUUUUGUUUGAAAAAGCAAAUAAUCUCAUGUUUUUGGCAGAUUGUAACUUUUGUUGGUUAGCAGACAGGAGUUUUUCUUUUAUAUCCUGCAAUCAGCUGACAUUCAGAAGUAUUUUGCGUAUCUGUGCAGAGUCUAAAUGCGCUGAUUUAGUUAUAAGUCCUUAGUGUUUAGUAUUUUAACAAGUUAUUUUUGUACAAAAUGUUCCCUUAUAAGAGUACCAUAAAUUGUUUAUCUUGUGCAAGAUUUGAAUUUAAAAGUAUUUAAGAUUGUUAUUUUUCACAAUUUUGUUUACAUUAUUCAAUCAUAAAUAACCAUUUAUAGAUUCUGUAUUGAAAAGCUGGUGUCUAUGUCAUAGAUUUUUUUAAAAAGAACAUCACAGCAUGCUAAUGUAGUGAAUUGGAAGGUACUGAUACAGUGCCUUUGCUUUUUGAUAUCCUAAUUAGAUUUUCAUCUUGAGUGUCUAAAGUAAACUCAUACUAUUGGUUUAUUUAUG